AUGCCUUCAGACCGCCCCAACUGGUUCCGCCGUCACUGCACUCCUGCUCCUCCUCCAACUGGAGUGUCGGCUUGCCCUUGCGGUGACUGCUUCUACAACCCUGGCGUCCAGAUGCCCGCCGCCUGGUACCAGACUACCAAUGCCACGUCCAGCAGCAACAGCAGCAUCUACUCUGGAAGCGACGCAGCUUCCAUCCGAACCUCCGGUACCACGGUCAAGCACAUCGAGAACAAUAAAUGUUAA